AUGAAGAACUGGAGGGAAUUGGGAGAGGUUCCGGACUCGGAUGACGACGCCUCCGACCAAGACUUUGACGACGAACCAUUUGACGACAAUGUCGACACAUUACUUGACGAGGCCGUCGACGAGAUCCUCGAGAAAAGUCUCCUUGGCAAUGCUCCCGACAAUGCCCCAGAAAAUAUCCUCGACAACGCCCUCGACAGUGUGGAACUGGAACUGCCAGUCGAGCAGCCUCGCGUACAGGCCGUCGACCACCUAUCGUCGGCGGCAGUGCAGAAGGAUUUCGACAUCUGGAGUAUCCCCAGCUCCUCUCCUCAGCAAACCUAUCCGCUAUAUGGCCCCAGUAAGGGCAAGAAGAUUACCCGACCAAAAUCGAGGGAGCCCACCUUGUCUCCUCCUUUGUCCUCUCCUCCAUCUGACGAAGACGACGGUGGUGACGACGGCAACAUUAGCCCUUCCUCUGCCUCCAAUGAACCGAGGGAAGAACCGCGAGCUGUACCAGACCAGUCUUCCCAGGCCCCGAGCGAGCAUAUAUUCCACGAGGACGAGAUAUCAACGAGCUAUGUUAGAGACCCGCCUAGCGUCUCUCGCGCGCCACCCCCAAGACCGCUGUCGAUCUUCGAUCUCUCUUCAAGUCCGCCAUCUCGCACCUCUCCUAGACCCUCUCAAGCACUCCCCGGACCGCCCCGACACCGUGCGACCCCGGGAGACGACGAACAAGAGCUGUCGCGGCAGGUGGCUGUUCGGCUAGAGCGCUCUUUACGGCCCAGGAAACCCAUUCAACAGCAUCCUUACCUCCUCGAAAAUGCGCAAUACGCCAACUUCAUGAAGUCCCAUGGAGUGAAGCCCGUCAAAGUUGUUCUGCCAGCGCAAAUGGACAAGCAGUCAGCUGCAGAGGAGGAUUCUCAGGAGCAAGAGUUUGGUGCCGACGGCAGCCAAGAUGCAAGCCGUGAUGCUCCCCUCGAAGACACAGAAGAGAGCGCCCCUCUUUUGUUUGACAACGAGCCUGACGAUCAGGACGAAUUGGCCCUCUCUCCUCUGUCUGUAUCACUUCCAAAAACCUCGCCCGGGGACCGUCUGCCACGGCCAAGCAGCCAAACGACCAAUGGAAACCAUACCGACAUGACGAGCCUCUCGGGCGACGACGAGUUUCCUUCUCCGGAUAGACUUCGCCUGGAAUCCUCAACAAAAGGCCCAAACUACUUGAAGCGUCAGAUGUCAAAGGUGCUGUCGUCACAGAAGAAAAGACAGAAGCGCUUGCCGGCUUCUUCCCAAGCUUUCUCGCCGCCUCCCGAGAUUUGGAACUUGCCUUCGUCGCCUCCGCAACCACCAACACCCCAGUUGCAGCCGCAGGAUCUGGGUAAUGCGCCCGUAUCUCCAACUCGGAGACGCCCAGAACCACAUCGUGCCUCUUCCCCGAAGCCACUCUCCUUAGAUGCUUCGCGUAUCAACGGGGUUGAUGAGUCGCCUAUAUCAAUUGAAGACCGCGACGACAGCGAGUUGAGUGGCUCGGACUCGCCUUCCGCUAGCAGUUCUGAGAGCGGCUCAGAGGCCAUACGCCAAAAUAGGCACAGGAUUCGCGGCGUCUUGCCAGCCUCAUGGCUUCGACUGGAUCAGCCCAAGCCCAAAGCUGUCAAUCGGAAAGUGGGGAAGAGCCCCGAGCCAUCUCCCAUCAAGGGCUUCAGACGUGGUGUGGCGCUGCCGAGACAAAGUUCUUCUAGCCAUCCUGCCGCCGCCUUCGAAUUUGACGAGUCCGAUGAGUCUGAGGGUAGACUAACGCAGACGCCCAUCAGGGUUGCCAAGGUUGUCCGACCGACGCCGGAAGUAGUCAACCUCGGCGACGGCGAUGGCGCCUCGGAUAUGGAGGACGAUCAUAUUGACUGGAUGCUUCCUGGAAGGAAGAGGAAGUCCGGAUCGCUCAAUCACUCGAGCAGAUCUAAGAAGAGGAGGAGUAAAGCGGGGUCUUCAUUUAGCCCUCGUCCAGUCCAAAGGCUCCGACAAUCCAAAAUUACUCAGAUUCUUGGCAGAUCAGACCAUGGCACUCCCACUGCCGAUUUGAUAGAGAACCAGGCCCCAUCUCAGCGCGGGAAACGAGACAGUUCUUCCUCCAAGCGCAAGAGGGGAGCGGUAACGCCCCCGCUUCUCAGUAUUCUAGAUGUCUUGGAACCUAGGGCCCCGAACUUUGUAAAAAUUGCUGCCCGCGCCGUCAGGAAGAAGAAAAAUUUAGGGAAGACCAGCCCCUCCAGGAAGGUCAUCAGCCUGGCAAGCCGGAGAGACAACAUCGAUGCGCUCUCAGCUUUGCAGGACUGGAAGUCGGGCAAGACACGGCCGAGGGUUGCCGCUCCGUCAUUACGCGAGCCGAAACCCCCGAGUACUACAGCGGCUCUGCAAGAAGUAUCUGCAAACAUAGCACCCAAGCCCUCACAGCCUCGACCGAGACAUGCGUCAUCCUUCCCGCAGAAGCUUGUUAGGCAGAGCAACCUUCGUGGUUUCGUCACGGCCACCGGCGAGAAGCCACCUACCACGCCCCAAACCCCUGUAGCGUCUAAGCCCGCAAGGCCGAGGAGACCGCUCGCACGCAGUGCAAGUUGGCGACCGGCACAGCUCGAGACAGGCGAGGGAGAGGGCUCGAGUAGGCGUCUUAGCUCCAAGAAACGCUCUUUGGAUGCUAUUUAUAGAAAAAGCCGUCGAUUUCUUGAUGCCUCAACCGAUAAUGGUUCGGAAUACUCAAUUCAUGAGGAUAUCCCGACGGCUCGAGAGCCUGUUCGUCAGCUCCCAAGCAAUUCGGCAGGCACAAAGGCCUCGCCCAAGACAAGAAACGAAGCCGCGACAAAUGUCAAGUCUCGGUUUCGGAAAAAGAGGCGCCCUCAGCAUAUCGACCUGGAGGCCCCGCAGUACAGCCGUGCAAACGACCCCCUACCGGCUGAUAUCGUCUCUCUUGUUGUCCAGGGGCCAGAAGAUCGCUCCCGAGACAAACUUCAGGGACUCGGCCCAUAUGGGACGCAUUAUACUCAACACUUUGAGGUCUUUCCUCUUGACCCUGGCACUUUCUUUCACGAAGGCACCCUCAUUGGCAGCGGGGCUAUCCGGAAAGCAGUUGAAACGGGCCUGUCGGACAGAAUUCGCCAGCAGAGGCUGACAACGUCUUUUGAGUUGGACGGGCAGACUCUGAGAUGGGGCCCCUGGAACGACACGGUAUCGUCUGAGCUUGGCAUCCUCGUCGAUUGGAUAGCUGAUAAGCUAAGUCCGGAAGCCGCUGCGUCUCCGGCUGUGGCUGGCGAACGAGUGACCGAAGCGGCCGACUUUGUCCUUGGAUAUAUUUUGGAUUCACUUAGUGUCCAGGAUGAUGCCGAGGAAAAGGCUGUUAUAUCUAGAUGCCUGGAGGUUUUCUCGAGUUUUGCGAGCCGAUUUGAAUCGUCGGAUUGGACAACAACAUCAGAGCCGACCAAAAAGGCAUAUCUGGAAGUUACUGUCCGUUUCUCCGUGGCAAUUCUCGCGGUGCGCUCAUUGAGCCUGGCGUCGGGAAGUGUGCAGAACAUCAAGGUUGAAGACCUUCUCAAGAGAUGUGCGUCAAUGAUUUUGUCACGUCUCCUGGAAUUCGGUGUCGAGGAGCUGCGAAAACUCUACGAGGACUUGCAGCACUUCUCUGCCAGAGAACGAGGUGUCCGCCGAGAUAAAGUCCUCACAAACUGCUGGGUGACCUUGAUGAGAGUCCUGGAAAGCGCCGUUAUUCCGAGAUGCUCCUUUUGGGACGUUACACACUCGGUCAUGCUCAAACCAGGUGUUGCGUCGGGCGUAGACUCCCGAAUUUUUGAGCAACUUUGGCAGAACAUGUUUACUCUACUGCCUCUCUGUGAGAUUGACAACUCGGGAAUCCUGAUUCCAGGAUUGAGGAAAGCGGCCUCAAUGGAAGGAUGGGCGCUGCCUCAACAGCUCAUACGGCGUGUUUUCCAGCUUUACAAAUCAAAUCCUCGGCAACCACCCAGCUUCAACGAAUAUUGUCGGGCUCUAGUGGCUCGCUGCCAUUUUCUCGUCCAGCAAUGGGGUUGGCGCAAAUGUACCGGUAUCAUUGGGACCAUAUUUGAUUUCUUUGGUUCUCAGAACCUUGCAAAUUUCCGCAACGAGGAGGUGUACAGGUCGCCCCGUUUCCUCGAAGAGCUCAAUGGUAGCCCAUCCCUAUCCAUUGAGCUGGACGAUCGCUGCUUUCAUAUAUUCGUCAAGCUCUUGGGCCUGGUGAUUCAGCGGCUCAAAGAGCUCGGCCGUUUCAAUGACAUCAAGAACCUAGUGGCGCGGACGCUGCCGAAUCAUAACCGGCAAUAUCUCAAAGAGGACAUAAUACAUCAACACGACCUUGCAGCCCUAAGAAACCACCAUGAUCUCUUGUGCACACUGUUUUGGGCGGCCCCUCCUGAUUUGCGGCCGGCGGUUCAUCUGAUAGAGGAGCUGGUCGUCCCAGGUACCGCGCACAAGGAAGCAUGUCUGAUCAAUAUCAGGGCUUGGAGCCAGCUUGCACGCUUCGUCAUUUCCAACGACGAGAGCGGCGCCACCUUUAAGCCGUUUAUUGCAUGGCGCAACAACAUUUUCAACCAGGUCCUGGACCAGUAUCUAUCGGCGGCCUCUGAUAUUGAGCAGCAAUUCCGAGCUCUGUCUGGCGACAUGCCGAGAGUCAGCACUCAGGUUAGGGAUAAUAUGAUUGCAAAGAAUAAGGCAGCGGCUAUGGAUGUGCUUCAUGUCUCGGUCAAGACAUCUCUCGACGUGCUCCAGUGUGCCACAUCUCUCGAGGCCAUGGUGUAUGGAUUGAAUAAGACCCAACUACAAAAAGUCUUCACAAGCCUCGACUUACACUCUUCCUGUUUUGACUGGGGAGUUUUGCGCGUGGCACUGAAUACCGUCGAACACUACCUGGAUCGGAUUGACCAAGCAUCCGAGGAGAACUACUCUAGUGAACUGGCUGACAAUGUCGACUCUCGUCAAGUUGAGGACGCUGUACUCCUGUUCCACGACCAUCUAAUCAAAGACUUCUUUUGGAUGGGUCGGACAAUCCUUGGGCUCGCACCAAAACCGAGCUCCAGUAAACAGAGCGAGCAGGCAGCCUGUACCGACAAGGUCGUCACUUUGGCUGCUAGGAUUGCUGCUCGGUUUGUCAAGGACAGACUCAUACAACUCUCCCCAUACUUCUCGUCGGGCAAGUAUGGACUGUUCUCGGAUUUGCCCAAAAACCUGAACACGCUAGAGAGGCGUUACCUUCCUCUGUUCCUUGCAGUUCUUGUCAAGAAUGACGUAUUUGAUUUCAAGGACAUUGGGACAAACAUCCUAGGACUUUGGGUGCUAUCGAUUGUCAAACCAGCGCGGCUGUUGGGCUACGAGAACUACCUGGCAGAAGUGCUGAAGCGCCAUAACCUACCAUUUUUGGAGAAUGCCACGGUUGGCGCCGAGAUGACGCCAGACUACAGCUCGAACCGCGACCUGUUCGCCUGCGCAAUCAACCACAUGCGCAAAUCGCUCCGCGAGGCCGGGUCAGCGCAAUCCAAGCAACUCCGAGACGAGUUUGCCAAGACUCUCCAGCUGGCUAUGCAGAGGAUGAAAGAAGACUUGGGGCUUCUGAGGUCGGACUCGGCUGAACAUGGGCUGUAUAUUGGCUUUGUGAGACGGUUGAUCUCGCUGAUCAAGUCUCACGGGGUUGGUAUUUGCGUGGUCGAUGCCUUCUUCACCCAGCCGAGCCUCGACUACUCCCCACCGAUGCAGGAUCCCCAGCUCCAUACGGCCGGCAUCAUCGCGUACGGCGUCAGGCUGGGCGAGAAGGACGUGACUGCGGUUCCGCAGCUAUUCCAUUAUCUGUACAACAACUUCAAGAUUGCGCUCGGCAAUGAUAAGCUUGGCCAGGAGCGCGUCAUCUUGGAGAGGGCAAUGGGGGAUCCUCAUAUCGUGACGUUCAUGCUACAGUUCAUGAUACCGGCAAUGAUCCAGGCAUCCUCCCAGAUUAACGAAGCCUGGCUGCUCCUGGAGGUGUAUGCGGGCGCUCUGGGGAAUCUGCUCACCAGAGCCUGUGCCCCUAGAGAAGUCAGCGACGACGACAUGGAACACGCCACGAAUAUCCUCACAACCAUACUCGAAUGGUUUGCGGGCGCGGCGAGGAGCAGUGAUAGGAGCAUUUCUCUGCAGCAGCUGCAUGUCAUGAACAUUCUCGCAGCCGUGGCCAAAAUGCUACAACCGAGCCUGAGGACAUAUCUCUUCUCGGAAGCCCAGACACAGGACUCUAGGCUAGAGAAGGCAGUAGACUCGCUCGCGGAGCUAUUUGCGGAGGCUCGCAGUUACAUAGGCUCGAUUCUUGAGUCCGAAUCGCCACAUGACGGCACUACGCUACAAAGCCUGCGUGCCGCAGCGCUCUUGAGCGGCCUGUCGGCCGACAGUCCGCCGGGAGGGAGAAACGCGCGGGUGCAGGACUUUGCCAAUACGAUCGCGGUGGAUGUUCGGAAAAACUGGAUAGUGACUGAAAGCCGUGUGGUGCUGCAGAUGGCGGGCAGAGCCGGGGUGGUCACGGCCACGCAGCAGCUGUCUGGUGGCCACUGGUCCGAGCAAGGGUCGUGGAACGUGAAGGAGCUCCUGCAGCGACUGUACAGCCAGGCUGGACAGUGGAAACUGGGGACGGAGCGGAGGAUGAAGGAGACGCAUGGACAUUGGGGUGCUGCUUCUGGAGUAGCUGUGCGGAGGGUAGAUGACGACCUCUUGUUCUAG